UCUGUUGUGUCCUGCCCUGGCCUGUUCUCAGAAUAUUUUCUGACAUCAGUGGAUUUUUAUUCCUGGAGGAUUGAACGUGAAUCCUGAAAACAUUUGCAGCCCAUUAUGGAAAGAGUCCACUGAUCCUUGAAAGAAAGCAGGGUAGCCAUGAAAUGGCAGGGACAAAUAAGAAAUUUAGAGAAGACCUAACACCAUCACUUCUCAAAAUUUAAUGAAAUCAAAUGGGAAAUUGUACUUCUCAGUUCAUUCCUGGAAGCAAGCAUUACCCUGAUAACAAAACCAGAGAACAAUCCAAAUAAGAAAGAGAAUUACAGACCAUUCUGCCUAGUGAACAUUGAAGCAAAAAUCCCCAAUAAGAUACUGGCAAACAGACUGCAGAAUAUCUUCAAGAAAAUUUUACAUCAUGAUCAAGUGGAAUUAUUCCCUGGUACUCAGGGGUGGUUCAACAUACAUAAAUCCAUACAUAUAAUACACCGUAUUGAGAAAUCCAAAAGCAAAACUCAUUUGAUCACUUCAAUAGAUACAAAAAAAGAUUUUGACAAAGUCCAUCACCUAUUCAUAAUAAAAAACCUACAAAUAUUGGGGAGAUGAUCUUUAUCUCAAUCUGAUAAAAGCCUUUUAUUACAAACCAACAGUCAACCUCAUACUAAGUGGACAAACACUGAAAGCUUUCACUCUAAAAUCAGGAACAAAACAAGUGGAGACAACUGUCUCCACUCUUAUUCAAUAUAGUCCUGGAAACUAGCUGGAGCAAUUAGACAAGAGAAAGAAAUAAAAGGAAUAAAGAUAGGAAAGGAAAAGCUUAAAAUGUCAUUAUUUGCAGAAGCCAUGAUACUCUACGUAGAAGACCCUAAAAAUUCCACCAAAAGACUUUUAGUUUAAGAAGCAAAUUCAGUAAUAUAGCUGGUUACAAAGGCAACACUCAACAAUCAAUAGACUUCAUAAACAAGAAUAAAAAACCCAUGGAAAGAGAAAUCAAGGAAACAAUAACUUUUACAAUAGCAUCCAACCAAAUGAAAUACUUAGGAAUCAAUCUAACAAAGGAUGUAAAUGAUCUCUACAUUGUAAACUACAGUACUCUCAAAAUGGAGAUUGAAGAAGAGAUUCUAAAAUGAAGAGGUAUCCCAUAGUCUUGGGUAGGGAAAUUCAAUAUAGUGAAAAUGACCAUACUUCCAAAGCUAUUGUACAGAUUUAGUGCAAUCCCAAUCAAAACCCCGGAGCAUAUCUGAAAGAAUUACACAAAAUAAAUCCUAAAAUUCAUCUGGAACCAGAAGAGACCUAGAGUAGCAAAGGUGAUCCUGGGCAACAAAGGAAAGAUAGGGUUCAUCAAAAUCCCUGACUUGAAAUUAUACUAUAAAGGUAUUGUGAUUAAAAAAAAAGAAGUGGUACUGACAAAAAACAAAACAAACAAAACCAGAUGCAAAGAUCCAAGGAUCUAAUUAGAAGAUGGAGAAACAACCCCAGACCACUAAACCAUCUUAUCUUUGACAAAGGUGCCAAACAAAGUCAUUGGAAGAACAGCAGCCUCUUUAAUAAAUGGUGCUGGAAAAACUGGCUAUAUACGUUCUGAAUAUUAUCUUUCAACGUGUAUUAAGCUAAGAUCAGUAUAGAUCAAAGGUCUUAUAUUAAAACAGAAACAUUAAAUCUGCUGCAAGAUAGAGUAAGUAAAAUUCUUGAAGACAUUGAUGUAAGCAAAGACUUUAUGGGGAAAACAUGGAUUGAACAGCAAAAAUCAAAGAGAAUUAAGUGAGAAUCUCACCCUACUGAAAAACUUUUUAACAGCAAGAGAAAUCACUAACAGAGUGAAAAGACAACCCACAACAUGGGAGAAAAUGUUUGCCAACUGUUCCUCAGACAAAGUAUUACUAUUGAGAGCAUGAAAAACUAAAAAAUUUCAGUCUUCCCAGAUUUAAAGACCCAAUCCAAAAAUGUGCAUCUGAGAUGAAAUACACAGUUCUCAGUUGAAGAAAUAGAAACAGCAAAUAAAUAUGUGAUAAAAUGUUUUGCAUCACUCCUCAUUUAAGAAUUGCAAAGUAAAUAACACUGAUAUGUCACCUUGCCCCAGAAAAAAUGCCUACUGUCAAGAAAUCAAGCAAUAACGAAUGCUGGAGAGGUUGUGGGGCAAAAAGGAACCCUUCUCCAUUGUUGGUGGUAAAGCAACCACUGUGGAAAUCAGUGUGGAGAUUCCACACAAACUAGGUCUACAGUUCCCACUCAACUCAGCUAUUCUCCUUCUGGGUAUCUACUCAAAAGAAUAAAAAUUAUCAUACCACAGUGAUAUAUGUGCACCCACGUUUAUAGCAGCAGUUUGUGGUAGCCAGAUCUUGGAUGGAAUGCAGGACCUCUAGCUUGCCAGGCAGGUGCUUACGCUAAAUCCCUGGACCACAUUUUUUACUUUUUAACUUUCAAAUAAAAUGGGUUUGGGAGAAAAAACAAGGACUGAGGUAAAGACUUUCAGUGCAAAUACCCAUCAGACGUGCUGAGGUCAACAUUCCAGAAAACAGCCAGCUGCAGAAGCCUCACCUGCAUUCAUAGGGGAUCCACAGUUACAGGGUGUUUUAUUUUCUGCAAUUAUUCUUGGUGGGGAAGGCAGGCAGGAGAGCAGGAGCCAAUCAGUGAUGAAGAGGCUGGCUGAAGAACUGUCCAAUCAGGCGGGCCAAGGUAGGCGGUGUCUUCCGGUGUCAUGGCGUCAAUUGCAAGGCCAGGGCACAAAAGGGAGCACUAAAUGUUUGCUAGACCACUAUUUUUUGCUUCUAUUCGCUGUGGACUGCUUAAAAGAACCUGGGAGACCUCCAAACUACGCAAUGGAGGUGGUGACCUUUGAGGAUGUGGUCGUGAACUUCAGCAAUGAGGAGUGGACUUUGCUGAGUCCAUCCCAAAAGAACCUCUACAGAGAUGUGAUGGGCGAAACCUUUAGGAACAUGACUGCAAUAGGAGGACUUGGGGAUAUCCAGGAAGCUGAAAAAGAAUGCAAAAUUUACUGGAGAUACUUAAGAAAUGACAAGCUAGGGCAAUCCUAUGGACAUACAUCUUGGAAUCAGUGUAAAGAAGUAUUCCUUUGUACUGAAGAAGGUAAUGUGAAUGUGAACGAAGCAGAAACACACCACAAUGUUCAGAUCCAUGAAAAAUAUAGCAGUGAGGAGAAAUCCUAUGUAUGUCAGCAGUGUGGAAAAUGGUUCACCAAAUCUGGACAUUGUAAGCAACAUGAAAUAAUUCACACUGGAGUGAAAUCAUAUGUAUGUAAGAAAUGUGGGAAAGCUUUUAACACACGGGCAAAAUGUAAAAUACAUGAAAGAAUUCACACUGCAGAGAAACCCUAUGUAUGUAAGCAAUGUGGGAAAGGUUUUACCCAACAUGGAGCUUGUGAGCAACAUGAAAAAAUUCACACUGGAGAGAAACCAUAUGUAUGUAAGCAAUGUGGGAAAGGUUUUACCCAAUAUGGAAAUUGUAAGCAACACGAAAUAAUUCACACUGGAGAGAAACCGUAUGUAUGUAAGCAAUGUGGGAAAGCUUUUAACACACGGGGAUAUUUUAAGAAGCAUGAAAGAAUUCACACUGGAGAGAAACCGUAUGUAUGUAAGGAAUGUGGGAAAGGUUUUAACAUAUACAGACAGUGUAAGGAACAUGAAAGAAUUCACACUGGUGAGAAACCAUAUGUAUGUAAGCAAUGUGGGAAAGCUUUUACCCGACAUAGACAUUGUAAGCGACAUGAAAGAAUUCACACUGGAGAGAAACCCUAUAUAUGUAAGCAAUGUGGGAAAGCUUUUAACACACAGGCAGAUUGUAAAAGACAUGAAAGCAUUCACACUGGAGAGAAACCCUAUGUAUGUAAGCAAUGUGGGAAAGCUUUUACCACACAUAGAUAUUGUAAGGAACAUGAAAGAAUUCACACUGGAGAGAAACCCUAUGUAUGUAAGCAAUGUGGGAAAGCUUUUAACACACAUCGACAGUGUAUGGAACAUGAAAGAAUUCACACUAACCAGAAACCAUAUGUAUGUAAGAAAUGUGGGAAAGCUUUUACCCUAUAUAGACAUUGUAAGCAACAUGAAAGAGUUCACACUGGAGAGAAACCCUAUAUAUGUAAAGCCUAUAUAUGAAAGCUUUUACCCAACAUGGACAUUGUAAGCAACAUGAAAGUUCACACUCAAGUUAAAACCCGUGUAUAUAAGCAUCAUGAGAAUUUUUUGAGCACAAGUACAUAUUGCAUAAUGCAUGAAAAGCUUCACACUCGGCAUAAAUCUUAUAUAUGUAGUGAAUUUGGGAAAGGUUUCAGCAGAAAUGCUCAUUGUCCAAUAAAUGAAAAAAUUUACACUGUUGAGAAACCCUGUUUAUGUGAAGAAUGUGGGAAAGCUUUCACCACACAUGGAUUUUGUAAAAUACAUCAAUGACUCCACACUGGUGAGAAACCCUAUGCAUAUAACAAUGUGGCAAAGCUUUUAACACAUACAGUCAUUGCAAAACACAUGAAACAUUUCACAUUGGGAUGGCUACGUAAGCAAGUGGAGACAUUUUCAGCAGCCAGAUUGUAAGUGAAAUACAUGAAGAAAAUCACACAAGAGAUAAAUCCUAUAUGUUAUAUGAAUACUCAGCACACCUGAUCACUGUUACAUAUCUGAAAGAGCUCACUGGAUCCUAUGUGUAUUAACAGUGUGAGAAAUACGGCAAUCCAUGUUUAUUGUUAAAUACAUAGAAGAAGCAGCACUCUUCAGACAGUUUAGAUCUAAGUUUACUUUAAAAGUUCCAAGAAGACCUGAAGAAAUAAUCAAUACAGAAGUUUGAUGUCAAUAUUUCUUCACAAAUUUUCCAGAAACAACAAAUCUGAAGUGGAGCUCUACUCAAAUACACAUUUUGUAUGGUUUUCAGUUAAUCACUUAUACCUCUUUAUUUUUUAAUGUGUCUUUGUGCUUCUACAUGGCAUCUUGUAAUUAAACAUGGUAAAUGAAAUGGGCUUUUCACUUUCAAGUAUGAAUAGUGUCUAUGUACUUAAUAUUUUGUCUUUAAAACUUAAUUUUAUAUUUUUGGUGAAUUAUUUUUAUUUAAAAAAACAAAAAGUAUAGAAAUAAUACAGAAUUUCUGAAAAAUAAACAAUAAGAAGUCACUAGUUGAUUUGUUACAUAUUGUCAUCUUAGAAGUAAUUGUUUAAGUUACAAAAUUAAGCAUAGAAUGUGAUACUCAAAUAAUGACACUGCGAACAUUUUACCUCAGUGAUCCAACAAAAACUUAUUAAUAUGCUUAUAUGUUCUACAAUAUUGUUUUUUAUCUUAAAGAUCAUAAGAUUAAACAUGACAAAACAAAACAGAACAGUUCAUAAGGAAACAAGUUAAGGAAACACAGGUUUCAAAGCAAGUCCACUGAGAUGUUCAUUGUCUAUCUUACUGUCUCUAGUUUUUUUCCAAAUAGUUGUUUCCAUCUUCACAAGCAUUGAAUAGAUACUUAACAUUAUAGAACUAAUCAAAUAAUUACAGGAUGAUGCAGGCUUUUUUGAUCUUCAAGACUGAUUUUGGGGAAGUUGAUGAUUACCAUAAUGUGUCUCAUUCUCUUCGUAGUAGAUGUCUUUAUUUUAAUGUAUGCUGAAACUGAACAUAAGAGACUAAACUAAUAUACUCUGAACAGUGAAUAAUAGUAUCCUGAGAAGGAGAAAGGUGAGGAAUUGCCUAAAAAAAGAAGGCAGAGGACAUUGUUAAAAGUGUAUCAGGAUUUAAAAGCUAUAGUAGUUCUGUUGCUCUGUUUAUUUUGAUUAUAUUUUGUUCUGGUCUGUCUACUCAUAAUAGAUUUGAGGGCACAAAGAUGUAACCCAAAAAUAGCAGGUUAUACCAUGAUGGUAACUGUCCUUAAUUUCCUAUUAACUAAAACUGAAACCCUGUAUUACUUACAUUGUCUUACUAUGACUGAUCUUAUUGGAAGCUGGUUUGUUUGAAUGUUAUUUGGCCUUGACUGAUUUUAUUCACAUUUUUUAUGCUUGCUGGCCUCAAGUCCAAGAGUAGAGGCCACUUCUCUGAAGAUGAUAAGAUGUGACAGAUAUAUAUUGUGGGGCUGGGGAUUUAGCUCAGUGGCUUAAGUUCCUGCCUGGCAAGUGUAAAGUAAUCCGUUUGAUCCCCAGUACCAAAAAAUAAAUAAAAGAUAUAAA